GAGAUUCGGCACGAAUGUGUGCACGCUUCGCAUUUGCUACAUGCACAUGCGGAACGAAGCUCAACAGAAAUCGCCGAGCCUGCAUCGUAAUCAUCCCAGAGGUCACUGUGGCGGCAUAAGUUCCGAGUGAACGGCUGAGAUUUGACUUCUUCGGAUUAACCCCAUCCCCUUCGUUAAAUGGAGGCAGAAAAGCAGUGUCGAGAUGGUGAACCCUGCAAAGGCGUUAUCAAGAAGCUCUUUCCGUCGAAACGAUAUGGAUUUGCCGUAUGCGAAUGCGAUAAACACACUGGAGAAGCACAUUUCAAUUACUCGGAUCUCGACAUAUUGGAAGCAGAGAGGGCGUGCUUGGUUGUUGGAUGGCGGAUAGAGUUCCACGUCAUCGAGCAGCACAAGAAAACAGAUCACUGCGACUAUCGCGCUAUUCAAGUGAAGCCUGUCGACGUGAUGGUGGUUCAGUGUGAGGUCACCGAAGUGUGGGAGAAUGAAAUAGCGCUCCUAACCUGUCGGGAAUUGACGGGGAAGAUCAUCUACGUUACUAGAAAUAAAUAUAAUGGGAAAUUCGAGGUUGAAGCCGUGACCAGACGGGAUACAUGCCGAGCCGCCGUGACCUGGGAGCAGAUGAAACAGAAAAAGACGUUCGCUCUCCAUUGUAGUCAAGACACUGUCUCCCCGACCACUGGCUCGCCGUUCAGACACAAAUUUAAAACACCUGAAAAACGGUCGCGCCGAAACGACACUCCUAGUUUCUCCGACACAUUGCAUACGACCGGAGCGACGACCGCAUCGUCGGGCUUCGGAGACGAACUAUUUGGCGAACAAUCAGGUGCCGAGAAUUGUCUGGCAAGCGUCGAUGAACAACAGCCCAGGACUUUCGGAGCUCCCGCGCUGCGGGUAUUGCGAACCUCAACGCCAAAGAUCGAGAGAGCGGCGCAAGCUUUCGAGGGAAGCCGGUUUUCGACGUCCGCCAGGGCUUCACCGCAGUCAGCGCAAGCCCACAACAUCAGCCGAGCCAACAGCACCGGGAGCAUUUGCGGAUCAGGAUCUUCCAGCCAGCCUUUCAGUACGAAGUUCCACAACAGCAAUUGCCUGUUGAGCACAGAGGGUCAAGGUUGUAACAAUGGUUGCCAUCAUGGAACUGACGCGGGUAGCGGUAAUUCAUUGCUUCGACCCGGCGAGUUUUCGAUGAGAGAGGGACGUUCCAUCGGCUUGCGUCGGAACUUGAAUCGGGAAUUCGACAGAUGUCGCGACGAUGCUUCUGAGGUGCGAAGAACUCACGUGUCCCCAUCGAAGAACCAGGUUUUCAUGGAUUCUUCGGCGAUGAUGUCGAUGCUCAGCUUGGGUGAACAGAAUAAUGUCGGAAUAGUGCCCGGAACGACGCCCCCAAAAGACCAGGGGGGUUACUUCCAGGAGUCUGUUUUCGGUCUCUACGACCCGAACCGCACGAACGAUUCUUACUUUUUAUACUACGUCUAUCAUCUCGAAGAACAGUCGCGCAUUUCCUGA